AUGGAAAAAAGAAAAGUGGAUGUGCUCUGUGUCCAAGAGACCCGGCGGAAAGGAGAGAAGGCCAGGGUGAUUGGAGGAGGCUGCAAGAUGUGGUAUAGAGGGGAUGAUGGACAGAGAAAUGGGGUAGGAGUCGUGGUCAGAGGAGACCUGGUGGACAAUGUGGUAGAGGUGGAGAGGAUAUCAGACAGAAUGAUGACGAUGAAGCUGGAGGUGAACGGAAUCCUUAUCAACAUCGUGUGUGCAUACGCGCCACAGGUGGGAUGUGACGAAGAGAAGGAGGCUUUCUGGGCAGACAUGGAUGAAACAGUGGAGAAAAUACCAAGAUGUGAAAGGUUGGUGAUUGGAGCUGAUCUGAAUGCCCAUGUGGGCGAAGGUAACACAAAUGACGAAGAGGUAAUGGGAAAGCACGGGUUCGGAAGAAGAAACGCAGAAGGCCAGAUGGUUGUGGACUUUGCCAAAAGGUGGGAGCUUAUGGUGAGCAACACCAUGUUUGUGAAGAGGAGCAAGCAGAAAGUGACGUACAGCAGCGGAGGAAGAAGCACGCAAGUGGACUACAUGCUUGUGAGAAGAGAGAGAAUGAGAGAUGUGUGGGACACUAAGGCCAUUGUUGGAGAAAGUGUAGCAAAACAACACAGAAUGGUUGUGAGCAGGCUGGUCAUGUGGGCAAAGUGGAGAAGAGCUGAAAAGCGGGAGCCUCGCACAAAAUGGUGGAAGCUCCGGGACCAAGAGAUGCAAAACAUUUUCAGAGACAAGGUGCUGGAAAGUAAAGUAAUGGAGGGCAAUGGAGGCUACAAGGAGGUGGCCAACACAAUCAGAGAUGUCGCAAGAGAAACAUUCGGUACUGGUUCGGGGAAGAGCAGAAGAGAAGAUCAAGAAACGUGGUGGUGGAAUGAAGAGGUAAAAGUGGCGGUUGAAAACAAAAAGGAAGCGAAGAAGCAGUGGGACGUUAACAGGGAUGAAGGGAGCAAGGAGAAUUACAAGGUAACAAAGAGGGAAGCGAAGAGAGCUGUUGCCAUAGCAAAGAGUGAAGCAUUCCAGUAUCUGUACGAGCGUCUGGAGACGAAAGAGGGAGUGAAUGAAGCGUACCGAAUAGCCAAGCAGAGAAACAGACAAAGCCAGGACGUGCAGCAAGUGAAGGUGGUUAAGAGCGAAAAUGGAGAAGUCUUGGUGGAGGGACAAGCUAACGAGAGGGAAGUAGAGGAAGUCACUGAAGGUGAAGUUAAAGCAGAGCUGAAGAAGAUGAAGAAAGGGAAAGCCAGAGGCCCCGAUGACAUACCAGUGGAGGCUUGGCUGUCGAUGGGAGAAGUUGGUAGUGGGUGGCUCACGAAGCUGUUGAACAACUUGCUGAAAGGAGAGAAGAUGCCGGAUGAGUGGAGGAAAAGUGUGCUGAUACCUAUCUACAAAGGCAAGGGUGACUCCAAGGAAUGUGGAAACUACAGAGGAAUAAAGUUGAUGAGUCACACGAUGAAGCUGUUGGAGCGAGUAGUAGAAGCAAGCUUCGCACUGCGGCAGGUGAUGGAAAAGUGGCGAGAAGGCCAGAAGGAGUUGCACUGCCUGUUUGUUGAUCUGGAGAAGGCAUACGACAGGGUCCCGAGACAAGAACUGUGGGAAUGUAUGCGCCAGGCGAGGGUGUCCGAAUGUUAUGUGGAAGCCAUCCAGGACAUGUACGAGGGAGCGAGAACAGCAGUGAGAAGCGCGGCAGGACUGACAGAGGACUUUGAAGUAAAAGUGGGUCUACAUCAGGGAUCAGCGCUCAGUCCGUUCCUUUUUGACAAUAAAAUAAGACUAAUAUUUCAAAACAUAUAUUCUCAAAAAGUGCAAAAUUUUAAAGAAUUUGUAGAAAUGGUUACAUAUAAUGCUAAAAUAAUGAGACUCGGAAAGGGUCCAUAA